UGCAAUGGCACGUCCCACUCGGCCUCUGUGUGCACAAUGAGCGUCUUUGGCGUACCAAGCUGUGUUUGUGUGUCUGGGUACAAACAAACUCCAGUGGGCUGUUCAACUAUUGACGUGUGCAAAUCUAAAUCUGUCAAGUGUCAUCCUUAUGCAGCAUGUGUGUACACAGGUCCUGGGCUGCAUAAGUGCCAGUGUAAACCUGGUUAUGAAGGAGAUGGGACUUACUGUGCUGAGAUUAAUCCUUGCAUACAGACGAACUUUUCGCGAUGUGGUUCCAAUGCAGCCUGCCAUCAUACAGGACCUAACCAAUACAAUUGUAUCUGCAGUGACGGGUAUUCUGGAGAUGGAAAAACUUGUGAAGAGAUUGACCUAUGCAAAAAUGCAAAUGGAGGAUGCCAUAUAUUUGCUGAUUGUAAAAUGUUUGCACCUGGUAUGAGGGAUUGUACUUGUCAGGAUUCUUUUGUUGGGGAUGGUAUUGAUAACUGCACAGGCUCUGUCUUUUUUGAAAUGACGCAACCCAAGUUUAGUUGGAAUACCUUCCAAACGUUAGUGUUUGACCCAUCAUCAGGUGGUCCUAUCAAUGUAUUUCUCCCAAGUACAAAAGUAAGGACCAGUUCAACAGACAUCAGUGCGUAUAACUUGUUUGAUUUUGCGGUUGGUUGUGAAUGGAUACCCCUAGCUCGUCUGCGAACACUGACAAGCUUACGAGCAUUGUCAGGGAAAUUCAUAAAUGUUACAACCUCCAAUGGUGCCGUUCUGCUAAACGGAAACAUUGGUGUGGAAUCGGUUACUGAAUGUUCGGAUGGGAUAAUAUUUGAAACAACUGGUUUUCUCUUUCCUAAUAACACUAAACACCAGGGCGGUUUAGUCAGUCGAAUAAAUAGCACCAGCCUACCUCAGAUGUAUAAAGAAGUCUUCUUGCAGUAUGGACUUAACAAAUCUGUUCAGCUUUUAGAAACAACUGGACUUUUGACCGAACUCACACAAGAUGUCCACGAACAAUGGACUUUAUUUUUACCAAGUGAUGCAGCUUUCCUUAAACUUUCAAACCACAGAAUGAAACAACUUAGUGUCAAUGGACAAGUAGCUCAAGAAUAUAUCAAGUAUCACAUGGUAAGAAAGAGCCUACUUACUCCAAACGAAGCUGUGCAAGGUAUAGAGCUUGCUACAAUGCAAGGCUCACUUUUACGGACUAGUUGUUCUGCUGGUAAAAUUGGUGAAAUUAUAAUUAACGAACAAGCAACUGUGACGUCAUAUAACUUCAAUAUGAACCUCAAUGUCCCAGUAUCUCUCUAUAUAAUUGACACGGUUCUUGAACCCCCUUCAAUUGGUGGCCACUGCGGCGAAGCGGUGAACCAAACAAUAUUUGGAACGUCAUCGUUAUGUUUUCUAAAAGGAUCCAUUAAUUGUCCGACAGGAAUGACCAAAGUUAAACAAAUAUCUACAGAAUGCUCUGCAAAUAAGGCUCUGCAGCCUUUCAGCAAAUUCCACACAGGCAUGAAAACACUUUCUAUACCAUGCUGCGUUGCAGUAUGUUCGUUUUACAAUGUCACCAGAAGAUGCUGUGAUGGCCACUAUGGCAAUGACUGUCACCCAUGUCCAGGUGGUGCCGGCAACGCAUGCAGUAAGAAUGGUGUCUGUGAUGCUGGUAUCAACGGAACUGGGAAAUGUACCUGUAACUCUGGUUUCCGUGGGUAUGCAUGUGAGUUGUGUGACUCUGGAAGAUAUGGUAAGGAUUGCCUCCCGUGUGAAUGUUUGGAAAAUGGAAUUUGCUCCGAAACUAUGAAUGGAGACGGUUCUUGUACUUGUUAUGCAGGUUUCACUGGUGUACUGUGCGAUAAGAGAACAGUUCACCCCACGAACUGCAACAACACAUGCGUAGAGAACGCUGUUUGUAUUGAGGGACCCGAAUGCAUGUGCAACCCCGGGUACUUAGGGGUGGGGGAUGACAGCUGUGAACUCCCGGACCUUUGUAGUAACCCCGAAAACGGGGGCUGCUCACCUCACGCAACUUGUACCCAGAAUCUCCAGAAAGUGAAAUGUUCCUGCAACUUUCCAUAUAUAGGUGAUGGUUAUGUGUGCGAGGGGUAUGACCCGUGCAAUGACCCUUUGAGGCCCUCGUGCCACUUAUACGCGCAGUGCGUAUACAUUGGGCCCAACAUAACACGCUGCCGAUGCUUUGAGGGUUUCACUGGCGACGGCGUGAACUCAUGUAAGCCCAAUGCCCGCGCUAAGAGAUGCGAGAUCGAAAAUGGCGGCUGCUCGGAGCGUGCCUACUGUACCAUGGUGAAUAACUUGGUGAACUGUUCAUGUCAGGACGAAUUUGUCGGUGAUGGUUAUAUGUGUAACAGUAACAUUUAUGAUGUCAUCAAUCAAGGUGAAAACCAAAUGACCAAGUAUUAUCAAUCUGUUUUGCGUUCACUUACAAUGUUACUGAGACUGAAACGAGCUUCUAAUCUCACUUUAUUUGCACCUCUGGAUAGCUUUGUAGGACUAAGGAGAUUUCAAAAGAAAACUCUUAGUAGAUACCUCGUCUCAGGUCAUGUCUACACAAUGGCUGACUUGCGUCAAAUGAAAACCAUUGUGGUUGAUUCGCGAAAUGCUUAUCCCGUACAGACAGCUGACGACGGUUCUAUUUAUAUCAACCGAGUUAAAAUUGUUCCAAUUGACAUUCCCGCCACCAAUGGUAUCAUACACCCCAUUGAAGGGGCAAUAUCUUCUAAAAUUGCUCCCAUAAAGUUUUCCACAAGCCCCAAAACAGCUACAAAGCCUCGCACUAAAACUACAAAACCAGGCCAGAAACAAACGACUACUACUGCCCCAUCUAACACCAACAACACUGUUAUGUCAACCACGCCAAAAAUAAAAAGUCCUUCGCCCCACGCAGCCUCGUCAGGGCAAGGUGUUAAAGUUGGCACAGCAGUUGGUAUUGUGGCAUUGCUGCUCAUUAUAGUUUCGGUGUUGUAUUGGAAACGAAGGAGUUCUAGAUUCAUGUUUAGACCUCUUUCUGAACGAUCGAAUUUAACCGCCCGUUCAGACGAGGUAAGUGAAGACUUUCCUGAAGCUGCGGGUCUCUCAAACCCAGCAUACGAUUCAACUGCGUUCAGUGAAACUUACAGCUCCGAACCCGGGGACGUCAUGGUCACAAAGUUCGCCAGUUCCGGUCCGCUAGAUGGCAACGAAGAGCUAAGCGCUUUGAUCGAUUUCGGUGAAACAUCGGGCAAGUAGAAACUCCGAAAAAGUCAAAUUACAAAACAGUGUCAAAAUUAUGUCGUUAAACUUUUAUACGUUUUUAACCUCGUACUUUUUAGCAGAGCUUUCCGCUAGAAAAUGGGUUUAUUUUUACAAAAUUCUGCUUGUUUGUUUAAGUAAAAAUUCUAUAUUUGUCGAAAAAGCUUUAAAAAGAAUGCAAUUGCUCUCAUUUUAUAAAACUUCUGUAUAUUUUGGGCUUUUGUUUGUCCCACUAAUCCUCAUAUAGCGCUAUACACACCUCAUUUUAUCUCGCCUUAUCAUCGUACUUGCUAUUAUAACUCUCCAAAUACACAAUGUAUCUUCUGUUUAAAAACAUAGAAACGUCAUUCUCUGUAACUCCCUGCCAUUUCGCUAUUGAAAGUACCAUUGUAAAAGUGCAAUACAAAAGUACUGCCAAAUUUGA